UUAAUAACGAGGGAGCCCAGGGCCAGGCCAGGCCAGGCCAGGCAGGGUCUCAGUUGCGCGCUCCUGAGCAGCCGGCGCCUGCUAAGGAAAGAGGCUGGAGCCGGCCCGAGCUCGCGCGCGCGCGCGUUCCUGAGAGCCUGGGUGUGCGCUGAGGGCGGGGAGGGGGAGAAAGGAAAGGGAGGGGGAGAGGCACUGCUGGUGCAGCUGGGGGGAAGCGCUCGCUCCGCUUGUCACCACCGCUCCGGCCGCCGCCCGCCGUGGCCCCCGUGAAUGGAGGUGUCCGGCUGAGCCCCGGGAUCCGCCUCCCUCCGUCAGGAGCCUUACAGGUUGCCUAGUGUUUUCCCUGCAGUAGAUGCUCAGUAAAUGUUUAUUAUUGUUGUUGAUGAUGAUGAUGAUGGUAAUGAUAUCAACUUAAUCCUGGAUAAAAGUCAACGUGAAAGCUCUUCUUGGUCAAAACCUGCUCAAGAUGGAAGCCCCAUUGGUGAGCUUAGAUGAAGAGUUUGAGGACUUGCGACCCUGCUAUUCGGAGGACAGGGAUGAGAAACCUAGAUGUUUCUACGGCUCAUCCCCCCACCACCUCGAGGACCCCUCUCUCUCUGAGCUUGAGAAUUUCUCCUCUGAAAUUAUUAGCUUCAAGUCCAUGGAGGAUCUUGUGAAUGAAUUUGAUGAGAAGCUUAAUGUGUGCUUUCGAAACUAUAAUGCCAAGACUGAGAACCUGGCCCCUGUGAAGAAUCAGUUGCAGAUCCAGGAGGAGGAAGAAAAUCUGCAGGAUGAGGAAGUUUGGGAUGCUCUGACAGACAAUUACAUCCCUUCACUUGGGGAAGACUGGAGAGACCCAAACAUCGAGGCUCUGAAUGGCAACAUCUCAGACACUGAGAUCCAUGAGAAGGAAGAGGAAGAGUUCAAUGAGAAGAGUGAAAAUGACUCUGGGAUUAAUGAGGAACCUCUACUCACAGCAGAUCAGGUAAUUGAAGAGAUUGAAGAGAUGAUGCAGAACUCCCCAGACCCGGAGGAUGAAGAGGAAGUUUUGGAGGAGGAUGAUGGAGGGGAAACUUCAUCCCAGGCAGAUUCCAUCCUCUUGCAAGAGAUGCAGGCACUGACACAGACUUUCAACAACAACUGGUCUUAUGAAGGGCUAAGACAUAUGUCAGGGUCUGAGCUGGGUGAACUGUUGGAUCGGGUAGAAGGUGCCAUCCGUGAUUACUCUGAGGAACUGGUACAACAGCUUGCCAGGCGGGAUGAGCUGGAAUUUGAGAAGGAAGUGAAGAAUUCCUUUAUUACUGUGCUGAUUGAGGUCCAGAACAAACAAAAGGAGCAGAGAGAGCUGAUGAAGAAGAGACGGAAAGAGAAAGGGUUGAGCCUGCAGAGUAGCCGAAUAGAAAAAGGAAACCAAAUGCCCCUCAAGCGCUUCAGCAUGGAGGGCAUCUCCAACAUCCUGCAGACUGGUAUUCGGCAGACCUUUGGCAACUCAGGGACUGAUAAACAGUAUCUGAACACAGUCAUUCCCUAUGAAAAGAAAGCCUCACCUCCAUCAGUGGAAGAUCUGCAGAUGCUGACAAACAUUCUCUUUGCCAUGAAGGAAGAUAAUGAGAAGGUGCCUACAUUGCUGACAGACUACAUUUUAAAAGUGCUCUGUCCUACUUAACCUUGCCCUUUGGAGCACCCCAGCUGCAGGAGGUAGCUGGGCAAGAGAGUCAUUCCAUCGCAGGGACUGCAUGACACCAUGUAACCUCCGACGUGUACUUCAAUGUGUAUAGCAUAACCUGGAUUAAACAUGAGCAAACGCGGGAUCCUUUGCUGUUGGCUUCUAGUCCUAGUAAUCAUUGGAUGCAUGAGUGAGGGGCAGGGCUAGUGACGUCUACUCCUCUCUGCCUGGGUCGGAGGAAGACAGAUGCUUUUAUCACUAUGUAUUCCGGCUCCAGCCCUCAAAACACAGCUUAUACUAUGAGACUAAUUUUGAAAUAAACACUCAUUUAAUUAA